GAUGGUGCGCUGUGCCCCUGCACGCGGUGUGCACUAGUUAGUGUAAAGCUGUUAGUUCGAGCGGAGGUCAAUAUCGGCCUCAGUGGUCUGUUUAUGUCGCGUUUUUAAGUUAUCGAUGGAAUAUUUUUCAUCUUGAAGAUCUGUAUUAACUCAGGUAAGUAAAGCUGGUGUAAGGAAGAUGCCUCUGCUGGGAAAAAUCGUGGUGAUCAAGAGAAACGGUACAGAUGGAACCGAAUUUCCACUCACAGCAUCCUGUCUUUUCGGGAGGAAGCUUGAGUGCGAUAUCCGGAUCCAGCUGCCACAGGUGUCGAAGGAACACUGCAGAAUCGAGUUUAAUGAAAACAAAGAGCUUAUUUUGACCAACCUAAGCUCAGUGAAUCCAACCCGCAUCAAUGGUGAGGUUCUGCAGCAGUCUGAGCGUCUGAAGCAUGGAGAUCUAAUCACAAUUAUUGAUCGUUCUUUUAGGUUUGAGUAUCCACCUGCGCCGACUCCAAAGAAGAAGCGUUUAUCGACACCUGGUAAAGGAGAAACUGUCAAGGUUUUGCAAGACCAGCAGGUGAAGAGCACACCUGGGACCACAGAGAAGAAGUCUGAGCACACCACAGAUAUCUGUUUGAAAGAUGGCUCCAACCUGCUUGUCUGUAUGGACCAGAGCAUUGGAGAUCAGCAGAGCAAAGCGAGCAUGGACAGCAGCUCGUCUCCCUUCUCUGAUCUUUACAACAUGGUCAAGCGAGAUCUGGCCACCAAACCUGUGUGGAAAUCUUCUAGCCUGUCAAAUACCCCUCUCUCAAGACCUUCAGUGGACAGACAGGAGAUUGAAGAGGUUUCAAGUGAGAACAUUAAGCCGAUGACUCCAAAGUCGGUCAAGAAAAAAAGAAGAUCCUCAACCGUCAAGUCAUUAGAGGGUGUUCAGACAGAGAACCUGUCUGCAGAGGAGAAAACAGCCACACCUGUGGUUCAGGUAAUGCAGAUGAGGCACUCGGAGGGCAUCAGCAUGCCUGUAUCUCAGAAGAAAACUCCUCAGACAACACCACAAAAGUUCACCACCGAUCAAGUGGCCCAGCAAAUAGCCUCCAAGAGUCCGAGUACCAAGUCGCCGAAAGCCAGGAGGAGCAGCACUUCCCAAACCCCAGAGAAGCAAACCAUUUCCCAGAAUCCCUCAGAAUUAGAAGAGUCUGGAGAGGUCAAAGUGAAUCAGGCCACUAGAACGUCCCCGAGAGCAAAUGCGGGAAAGAGGUUCCAAGUCCAGGAUGUGUUGGAGGCUGUAGUCACACCCACUUCUGAUGGUGCAGCAGGUAAUAGGCAGGCCUCCAGCAAGAAGCACAAACGUGAUGACCUACCACUUCCUGUACCCAAGAGAAAACGUGUGUCCUUUGGUGGACAGCUAAGCCCUGAACUCUUUGACAAAGGAUUACCACCUAAUUCCCCCUUACGCCGAGGAGCGACCCCUGGGAGACGUAGCCUGGGGUUCACUCAGAAAUCUCACUCGCUUCUGAGACGAGCCUCUACCAUUGGCCUGAUGGGUUAUAAGCUUGAAGAGGAUAUUGCAGAGAGCCCUGCUAAGAAUCGUUCACCUAAACGGGCUCCUUCCCCUGCCAAGGGCCUGAAGACGCCUUCCCCUGCCAAGGGCCUGAAGACGCCUUCCCCUGCCAAGGGCCUGAAGACGCCUUCCCCUGCCAAGGGCCUGAAGACGCCUUCCCCUGCCAAGGGCCUGAAGACGCCUUCCCCUGCCAAGGGCCUGAAGACGCCUUCCCCUGCCAAGGGCCUGAAGACGCCUUCCCCUGCCAAGGGCCUGAAGACGCCUUCCCCUGCCAAGGGCCUGAAGACGCCUUCCCCUGCCAAGGGCCUGAAGACGCCUUCCCCUGCCAAGGGCCUGAAGACGCCUUCCCCUGCCAAGAAGUCUCCAAGCCCAAAGGCUAAAACCCUGUCUCCUAAAUAUUCCAAGACCCCUUUACCAAACUCACCAACCCCAAAAUCCUCCCGGAGGCAAUCAAAUGCUUCUGUGAAGUCUCCCUCUCCAAGUGAAGAGUUGCUUCUCAAGACACCUACAACGCAUGGCCGAUUUUCGGUUUCCCGAAUCAGCACCCCGUCACCUGACUCUGUUCACAAGAAAGAAACAAAGGAAGAAUCUGUACCAGUAGUAGAAGACCCUUGGAAACGUGUUACUCCGAGAGCCACGCUGAGAAGCAGCAUGAAGGCAUCGGCUCGGAAGACCCCAAAGAGUGUUCUGAAGAGCGCGCUUGAUGUUGUGCGCUCACGACGCAGUGGAGCAUCACGUGCUAACUUGAAGGUUGUGAGUUCCUGGGCUGACAUUGUGAAAUUUGGACAAGCUAAGCCUCAAAUGGAUUUUGGUGUUAAGAAAACAGCAAACAAGAAGACAGCAGUCAAGCAAACUAAAGUGACCAAGCCCAAGACACCUGCACGCAGACUAAUAGAUCACACAAGUACUGGACAUGCGGAUUCUCCAGCCAGUAUAGUUGUAGGCAAGGCCUACUUAAGAUCUACCAAGCUCAUGGGUGCUGCUCCUAAAGUAGUAUGCAAUGUUGCCCUGUUUAAAAAGGAUUUGAAAAUGGAUGAAGAUCUUACUGGGGUAUCGGAUAUCUUUAAAACUCCGGCUAACAGCAGACGGAAGAGCGCUUUUACAAAGACUAAUGUGUGUCCAGCAACACCACUUGUUGGUGAAAUGACUGAAAUCUCAGUAAUGAAUACUCCCGAGGAAUCUGGUGAAAUGGUGGUGUCUCCUAUGAAUGUUGCGUCUACUGCCAAACUGGGUCGCUACAACAGUGAAGCUGUGAGCAGACUUCUCCAGGAUGACCAGGAUGGAAGUUUAAUUGAAGAAAUGGAUGACUCAGUUGGCCUUAGUCCAUCUGGAGUAUCCACAGUAUUAGAUAUGCCUAGUAAAAAUCAGACCAAGAGCAAGAAGGCUGUACCAGUCGGAACACCACAACAGAAACCGACUCCGCAAGAAUGCCUUACAGGUGUCAAGAGACUCAUGAGAACACCUAAGCAAAAAGCUGAACCUAUAGAAGACCUAAGAGGCAAGUUGCUUAAGACGCCCAAAGAGCCAAAACCACUCCAGGAAGUGAGUUUUGAAGGUGUUAAAGAACUCCUUCAGACGCCUGAGCAAAAUGGAACUCCUUUAGCAGAAGAAUUGUCUGGAUUAAAGAGAGUGAAGACUCCAAAAGUUACCAUAAACAGCCCUGUGGUGUGUUCUGUGGCCUUGAAGAGACUUACCAAAACCUUCAUGGAUAAGACUGAGCAAGAGGAAGACCUUACUGGAGUAAAGCAACUGAUGAAGACACCCAAGCAGAAAGAGGAUCUGGUUGAGGAAGACCUGACCGGCAUUCAAGAGAUGAUGAAAACUCCCAAGCAGAAGAACCAGCUGAUUGAACAGAAGAAACAGCCAAUCAAAGAAGAUCUGACAGACAUUCAGCAGAUGAUGAAAACCCCCAAGCUGAAGAACAAGCCAGUUGAGGAAGACCUGACCGGUGUUAAGCAGAUGAUGAAAACCCCCAAGCUGAAGAAUAAGCCAGUUGAGGAAGACUUGACCGGCGUUAAGCAGAUGAUGAAAACCCCCAAAUUAAAGAAACAGCAAGUUGAGGAAGACCUGACCGGCAUUCAAGAGAUGAUGAAAACUCCCAUUCAGAAGAACCAGCUGAUUGAACAGAAGAAACAGCCAAUCAAAGAAGAUAUUACAGACAUUCAGCAGAUGAUGAAAACCCCCAAGCUGAAAAACAAGCCAGUUGAGGAAGACUUGACCGGCAUUAAACAGAUGAUGAAAACCCCCAAGCUGAAGAACAAGCCAGUUGAGGAAGACUUGACUGGCAUUAAACAGAUGAUGAAAACCCCCAAAUUAAAGAAACAGCCAGUUGAGGAAGACCUGACUGGCAUUCAAGAGAUGAUGAAAACUCCAAAGAAUCUGGUUGGGGGGAAGAGCAUGUUUCAGACCCCCAAGAAGAAAGGUGAGCCAGUUGAAAAUGACUUUGGAAUUGAUAAUUUGAUGAAGACCCCCACACAAAAAAAUGGAGUGAUCGAGGAGUCCGUCAUUGUUGAAGAGCUUGAAAACUGCAGUUCUGGUGCUUUGCUUGUUGAAGAUGCCUGUAUGGAAUCUAAAGAGAAGGCAAAUAUCUGCCUAGAUGGAGAUGUGAAGAAUGAUACAGAAGAAGCUGAAACUUCUUGCCAGGAAGUGAAGGAGGGGCAAACAAACGUAUCCACUUCUGCUAAAAAAACUAGGUGUGGCGCUAGAGUAAGAAUGGCACAGAAAUCCCAGAAAAUUCGGGAACAUCAGGUGGAUUCAGAUUCUCUGCCUGCUGUAGCUGCUGGAGUUCAAGAUGAAACCACUGCAGAUUCUGCAAAGUCUGUUUCUACUUUGCGAGGAAGGAGGGGCAAGUCAGCCAUUGAAGUCUUUGAGAAUAUUCUUGUACAAAGUCCUGCUGGAAAGUCUAACAAAGGAAGAACCACAGAGGAGCAAGUUGAGGCUCCAGUAUCAUCUCAUACCUCUGCAGGUGAUGAACAGGUAGCACUUAAACCCAGGAGAGGACGGAAAGUUGCACAAGAUGUUGAGGAUUUGCAGGUAGAUCCUGUUAUCUCCAUGAAGUCACCGGCUCCUGUUAGGGGGAAGAGAGGAAGGAAAGGAAAACAUGUAUCGGAGAAUACACAAGAACCAGAACCUUUAGUCGAAGCUUCAGUUGAGGAGGUUGGGGUGGCAUCAAAGAGUGCUGAACUUCAGCCAUCAGCAGAGACUGAGGUACCAGUUAAGACCAUCACCAGAGCAAGAAGAGGCAGGAAGGAACCCACAGUGGCUGCAGAAGAAGAAACCUCAGACACUAUGAGUGCAGAUGCUGUAGUGGUUGAAUCUGCAGCAGAAAAUACCAGGAGAGGCAGGUCAACAAAGAAGGAAUUGCUGAAGACCUCACAAGUUAUGGAAUCUCUGGAAACCACCCCGAUUGUUGUCGAGUCAGAUUAUGUUGAUUCUAAAUUACCAAAGAGUACCGAAGCUCAGUUAGCAGCAGAAACUAAAGGUCCUGUUAAAGCUAAUUCAAAACCGAGGAGAGGCAGGCCAAAGAAGGAAAUUCCAGUAACAGCACAAGUUGAGGAAAUCUCUAAACACUCUUUAGAUUCUGAGGUACUGCCUGAAGAACACACUGAAGUUCCUGUGAAGUCUAAACGAGGAAGAAAAGUGAAUCCAGUGGCUUUAAACAACCAGUCAGUGGUUGAUGAACACACUGCUGAACCACAUCCAGUUGAAUCUCCAAGUAAACCAGAAGCUCCCACAGUCAGGUCUGGACGAGGUGCUAGAAACAAGAGGUUAAAACCACAGGCAGAGGAUGCUCCUAAUGAUCAUGCAAAACAUGUCAUUACAACAGCUGCUCCGACUGAGGAACCAGCAGAAAAACCAGUGGUGCUAAAUGUCAGACGAGGCAGGAUGCCAAAAUGUCCCAAAGCUCAGGUAUUAGAUGACUCUCAAGAAGAAGCGCAAGAUAAAACCAGUAUUGACUCGGAACCCAUUCGCAAGUUGGAGGCACCUACAGUCAGAUCAGCCAGAGGAAAGUGCACAGCUGCGGUCAAGGAUGAAUCAGAGGUUCCAGUUAAAAGAGGGCGUCGUGCAGCUACUGUUGAAGUCCCUCCUCCAGUUGUCAAGUCCAGCCGUAGUAGAAAAGCUGCGGCAAAAUAUGAGCCCGAGGAUGUCACAGCAGAUGCCACAAUAAUGGUGGAACCAGUUAAGGAGCCCGGCAAUGAAACAAAGGUUCUGGUGUCUGUGACUAAUGAAACAUCACUUACCCAGGCAGACCCUGGAGUAGUAGUUAAGGGUGGAAGAGGGAGAAUCGCUAAGAAAGCUAAGGUCUCAACCAAGAAUACCUCAGUCAAUGAAGCUGAAGACACAGCAGUGGAAGAGCUUCAGCUCAAGAAGAAGGAGGAAGCGACAGAUAAAGAGGAUCCCUCAGUUGCAGAGAUAGAAAAAUCAGUCAAAGGACGCAAAGGUAGAGGGGCAAAAAAACAAGAAGAUCUGGAAAUGGAGAAGCCAGCUGCUGAAGAAAACAUCCUACCAGUCAGGAGAGGACGAGCAGCCGCUCCAGUUCUUUCCCAAAACAAGGAAGUGGCCGCUUGUCCUAAAAGGGGGCAGAAAAGAAAAGACAUGGAGACUGUAGCUGAGGAAACCGUGGAUACCGAGUCUUUACCAAAGAGGAAAAGGGGCAAAGGAGCUGGUGCAGAAACUGAAACAGUUACAGCUAUAACAAGCAAAGGAAGGAGGACAGCAGCAAAAAAGGCAGAAGAAACCCCUGAUGUGGAAGCUGAAGAAGCUCCUAAAAAAGGAGAAAAACCUGUAAGAGGCCGGAGAAAAGUAACUCUGGAGGAUGUUCCACCUCAGGCAGAGGAUCCUGUCCUAGAAACAGCCACCAAGCGAGGAACUAGAGGUCAGAAGAAGGCAGAGGCAAACGUCCCUACCGCUCCUGUAAGACGGUCAAGAAGGAAAUGAAGCACUGAUCUUGAGAUGAUGUAAAUAAUCUUCAAGACUGAGGGGUUUUUAUGUACUUGGACCAUUUAAUUAUUGUGGUGUUUUUUUGUAUUAAUUCUUUUUAUUUUUUUACAGAAAGUUAACAUGAUUUUUAAAAUGUUUAAAAAAAAGUGUAAUUGUUUUUAAAAAUCAUUUCAAAUUUUCAAAUUUAUUUUUUUAAGGUUUGGGGCAUUUAAAUGCAUUUGUGUUCUCCGAAUUGCUUCCUCACCCCCUGAGCCUUCUGUCUCUCUCUUCUCUUCUUGUUUUGGGGAAAAGUUCACUUUUAUUUACUUCUCAUCCUUUUUUUUUAUCUGCCUAUUUUUAGCAGUUUGUAGCUUGGAAAAAAAAAAGUCCUGAUAAUAAACAGUAUGAGGAUUGGAAAAAUGA